GUUGCCUUCCUCUGCUCCGCUUCUGGAUUGGCUCCCUUGCUCCUCCCCUGCUUGUCAAUCAUUCCCGUAACUUCUGAUUGACGAAGUCGCCACCCCUCCGGCCACUCGGGGGGCUCCGAAAAUCCCGCCUCCGUGUCAAAGGCGAUUGGUUUGUUACGCGUCAAUCUCGGGUGCUUCUCCCGCCUCCUCCAUUUCGAUUGGCCGAUGCCGCUAAAAAUUUUCGGGGUCAUUGCUAGGCAACGAGCCCCGCCUUCUCACUCGCGAUUGGUCAAAUGUGCCUUAGCCGUGACUGGCUGCUGUUGGGCAGCACACACCCCUCAGCCCUGGAUGAUUAUUCGUCAGUUGACCUAUCAAUCAAAGAGCAAACUUCCGCUCUUCCCCUGCAGAUGCCCCCUACUCACGCCGCCCGAUUCGCCACCGCGCCGCGCGCCCCUCGUUCUGAUUGGCUGUUUCUCUAGCUCCGCCCCGGUAGCGGGGUCCGGAAGCGUCCGGGGCUCAGUUGGGCAGCGGCGGCCGCGGUGAGCGGAGCUCCGGGGUCGCUAUGGCCGCCGGGGCGGUGGGGACUCUCACGGCUGAGCUGCCGCCGCCGCUGGGCCGCCUGCCCGGAGGAGCCGGCACUGAGCGCGCCCUGGAAGAAGCGGAGGCCUCCGGUACCCUCACCUUGGCCGGCCGGCGGCUGCGCUCCUUCCCGGCAGCGGCGACGCGACGCUGGGACCUCAGCGACACCACACAGGCCGACCUGUCCCGGAACCGUUUCGGGGAGGUGCCGGAGGCCGCUUGCCGCCUGGUCUCUCUGGAGGGGCUCAGCCUGUACCACAACUGCCUGCGCAGCGUCCCCCCGGCCAUCGCCAACCUGCAGGCCCUGGCGCACCUGGACCUCAGCCGUAACCAGCUGAGCUCUCUGCCCGCCUGCCUCUGCCUCCUGCCCCUGCGCGUCCUCAACGCCAGCAACAACCGCCUGGCGCAGCUGCCCCCAAACCUCGGUGCCCUGCGCACGCUGCGGCAGCUGGACGUCGGCUGUAACCGGCUGCGGGCGCUGCCGCCGGGGCUGGGGCAGCUGCGGGCGCUGCGGGACCUCAGUGUGCGGCGGAACCAGCUGUCAGCGCUGCCCGAGGAGCUCUCGGAAUUGCCCCUGGUGCGGCUGGAUUUCUCCUGCAACCGGGUGGUCGCGAUUCCACGCUGCUUCCGGCGGCUCCGGCACCUCCAAAUCCUGCUGGCCGACAACAAUCCUCUCCAGUUCCCCCCCGCCCAGAUCUGCCUGAAGGGCAAAGUCCACAUAUUCAAGUACCUGGAAGCCGAGGCUACUGCACAUCCUCCCCCGGCAUGCCCCCCGGACGAGCCGUGUCCCCUCCGGCAGCGGGGCGGGCUGGACUCCGGCUUCCACAGCGUGGACAGCGGCAGCAAGCGCUGGUCAGGGAACGAGUCCACGGAUGAGUUCUCGGAGCCGUCCCGGCAGCACAGGGAGACACGCAGUGGGGCAGCUGGUGACAGUGACCCGGAGCAGCUGGAGGAGGAGCCCUCACCUGAGGAGCAGCAGAGCCAGAGCAUGAAAAGUGACACCCCUGAGGGUUUCAGGGUGGUCCCCACUUGCCGGCGACGCCCCAAGAACCUGGAGGUGUGGAUGGAGAGAGAGAGGGAGAGGAGUCGGGACAGGACCCCCCCCCAGAGACCCCCCCAGACGACGCCGAUGCCGGACCCUGACAGAGCCCCCGGCCCCCCCAGCGCCCGCCUCAGCCCCUCCUGCUCCUCUCCCCGCAGUGCCGCCAAGCCAGCCCCCCCGGACCCCGAGCAGCAGCGGGAGCUGAUCGCUGAGAUGCGCCAGAGCCUGGAGGCGCUGCUGCAGCUGCAGCUCCCGGACGAGCUGGGGGACUCGGAGCUGCUGGGCCGCGUGGCCGCCCGGCUGCGCCCCUGGGCUAGCCCCCCCAGAACCCGCCGGACGACGCAGCCGCUCCCCUGCCGCCGCUCGGGGGUCCCCGAGGUGAAGCCCCCACACCCCCGGCGCACCCCUCCCGGGCUGCUCUUCGCCCUCUUCUACGGCCUCCUCAUGGCGCUGCUCGUCGCCGCCCACCGCGUGCUCUUUGGCUGCUGAGGGACCCCCAAAACCCCGGGGGAGCCCCCCGGCCCUGGGGGAACCCCCAAACCCCCCGGGGGGGGUCCCGCCUCUGCACUUUCAUUCCCCCCCUCUUUUCUUGUGCCUUAAUGCUGGGGAAACUGAGGCAGGGAAGGGGGAGGGGCUGAACCCCCUUUUGCCCCCCGCCGGGGGUGUGAAUUUAAUUAUUGUAAUUAAUUAUAACGAGUUAUUAUUAUGAGGUUUAUUAUUAUUAUUGUAGUGAGUUGUUACAAUGAGUUGUUAUACGGGACUGUGAGGAUAAUAAGUUAAUAAUUAUAGUUAAUUGUAACUUAAUUAUGACGAAAGAAUGUUAAAAUAUG